AUGAAAGGUGGAGGUGACACCAAAAAAAAACAUGAAAACAUUAAAAUCGAUCGAUUUUUGAUUUGUUUUGCAAAAAGUCAAAGAUUAUAUAUCGGAAUUUCAAUGAAAGCAGGUGUAAAAGUAAUGUCAAAUGGUGGUGGCUAUACCAAUCCUUCAGUGAUGAUAUGGACACCGACCGAUAAGAAAUACAGUUUCAAUCUUGGCAAUGGAAUACACCGUCAGACGAUGACACUCAGUACCAAGGUUUACGAUGCCAACACUGUGUUUCUCACACACAUCGAUCCCUCGACAAUGGCUGAUUUUCCUAACUAUCUCCUCAGAAAUCGUUAUGAUUUCGCGGUGGUCGGACCGGUAAAUACCACCCAAGCGAUACUCGCUCAUCGUUACUACGUCGGACGUAGAAACAAAACGAUUAACGUCACUGAAUGUACCAAUGACAUUGUGUUGUCCGAUGGUUAUCUAACUGUCUAUCCAGUUGUAAUCGAGCCUGCAACAGUUAGCAUCAACAACAAUUGUGGUGACGUCGACCAAUCAAUGGAAUUGGAAAGAGUUAAGCUUCCAUUUAUUCAUGCUUUUAACAAGCCAUUGACAGAUAACUCUACAUUCAAGGCUGCUUUGUCGAUGGAGAUGAAAUCUUUCUACGAUUGGACAGUGUUGCGUGGUGGUCUGUUGCAUUUCGGCAGUGGUCAUCCAACGAUCACCACAGAGGAGAUUGAAAACGCAAGUGAAAACAGUGGUUGCAUUGUUCAUAUGAUUCCAGAGUCACUGGCUGCCACACCUCAAUAUUGUGCGUUUAUCGCCAAAUUCUCGAGCAACUGGCAACAUUUGGUUUUGAAUGAAAGUUGCUCCUACAAUGAACUGCUCGUCAAGUCCGCUCAAAUGACCAACGGUUUGAAUAAAGUUGCACCGAACUACUUCCCAGCGCUGUCGCCACUCUGUCCUGCCAAGCCACUUCCAGAGCAACUGGCGUCACUCUCCAAUGUCCACAGAGGAAGAUACCAACAAUGUGUCGUAUUGAAUCCACUGCCAGCCAAUAAAUGCCCUCUUAUUGACAACAGUAAAUGCACUGAAGAUGUAGAUUUGGAUUUCUCAUUCGAAGUACAAUCUCCAAGAAAUGGUUCUGUCACUGAGCUCACACCAUUCGAACAGAAAACUGAAUCAAUGCUUGAUUCUCUCACCGAAGAAGAUAUGGAAAUGGUUUUCUUUGGUACAGGUUGUUCACAAGCAUCUGAGUUUAGAGAUGAAUCAUGUAUUUAUUUAGAUUUGUUUGAAAAAGGUGGUAUUAUGUUGGAUGUAGGUGGUGGAAGUUACUCUCAAAUGUACAGAAAAUAUGGUCCUGAAUUGGUUAAAAAGGAUAUCGAGCUGUCCCUCACCCUCGGUAAGAAUAUGUGGAAGUAUCUCGAGUUUUACGAUUCCAACAAUUUCGACAACUCCAACAAUCAACGAAUGCUAAAGUUCCUUGAUGACCAAAUGCUGCUCAACGUUGUGCAAACCAUUCCUGUGGUCCACAAUUUUGCUGCCACCGGUAUCGUUAUCAAGAGCAGACAAGGCUGGUCUGUAGGUUACUCUGGUGACACUGCAUUCUGUGAACGUCUUGCAACUCUUCCGGUCUGUCAAGAUCUCACUGUUCUGAUUCACGAAGCUACGUUCCAAGAUCACCAACCGGAGCUCGCCAAGAAAAAGAGUCACUCUACUUUCUCGGAUGCAGUCAAGACUGCCAAGCAAUCCAAUGCCUACACAACUAUACUCACUCAUUUCAGCCAACGUUAUCCAAGACUCGAUACUUUGGUAUCAAAUUCCGAUCACACUAAAGUUGCACUUGCAUUCGACUUUAUGUCCAUCAAUCUAAAGAAUCUCGUUGGAUUACCGAAAGCACUUGCUUCACUCAAGAUUGAUCCAAAUGAUGAUGAGGAAAUGGAAGUUGGUUUUGAUUUAAUAGAUAGUCAAAGUAGAGUUAAAGAUGGUGAUGUAGAUUUUGAAACAAUUAUUUAUGUUUGUUUCAAAAAGUCUUUUUUUGACUAUAAUGUCAAUUUCCAAGCACUUGACUCAAAGUACUUUGAAAAUAGAUGGAGAGUUGGUAUGGCUGAUUACAAGGCAUCUGUAGGAUCAUUCAAUAUCGAAACAAAUGAAUUGGUAGGAAUUGUUAUAUGGGGUAUUGAUUAUGAUAAAAAUGGGCAAAGAGUUGCAUAUAACAUUACAACAGGAGUUAUGCCAGAGUAUCGUAGAAUUGGAUUAGCAUAUGGAAUGAUUCAAUAUUCAAUCAAUAUGCUAAAGAAUCAACCUUAUAAAUUAGAUAAACUAUCUUUGGAAGUCAUUACAGCCAAUGAGCGAGCUGUCAAGUGCUAUGAGAAAUGUGGAUUCAAAAUUGAUAGAAAUCUGGUGAUCUACUCAGGAAUACUAACAGCUAUAGAACAAAAACCAGAAGAUCAAAUGAGUUCUGGUAAUAAAGUGUUGGUAUUAAAAGGAAAAGAUAUUUCAAUUGAAAAACUCUCACCAAAACCAUUAUGUGAAAGUCCAUGGGAAUUCCAAGCCAAAUGUUUGAUGACAGACCUUGAAAAUCUCGAGUGUUGGUCGUUGAUCGAUGAAAACACAGAAGGUAAAGAGCCUGGUAGAACCUAUCUUUUAAUAUAUGGACCAAGAAAUUUUGUUGAAUAUGCUCAUUUCGAAUCAGUGGAAAAAGGAAUUACACUAAUGAACCAACUUUCAUUAAAGUAUCAAAAUAUUAUGUCUUUGAUUCAAGAGGAAGAAGAAAUUGUCAUAUCUGUCUUCAAACAUUUCAAUCUUGCUAUCAAACUACAUGAAUACGAAAUGUCCAGACCAAUCGAUCUUUAA